GGUGGAAUCAACGAGCAAUAUUUUCUACUUACAAUGAUUUUUCUGUUAGGCUCUCUUAUUUGUAAAAAAUAUUCUUAAUAUAAUGAAAUAUAAAUAUUUUUAAUUAUCGGGAAAGCAAACGCUUCUUUAGGUCAUAGUUUAUUACCAUUUUAAUUAUAUCUGCGUCUACUAUGAAUAGAUUUGCAAAAUAUCAUAACUGAAAUAAAUGAAGUUAAAAUCUAGAAUCACUUUAAUUCUAACGCUAUGUCUUGGAAUGGUUGUAGCCUUUGCGUUUUAUUUCAGCUAUUCGCAGUUAGAAUUACAAGUACCAACCAAAGAUUUUUCAAAGCAGCAUUUAUCGAAAGCAGUGGAUAUUUCAUUACUUAAAACUGAGCAUUACAGUGAUCCCACAUACAAAAAUCUUACAAUUACAAGUGUAGCUGCUGUAGCUGGCAUCAAAAUAAACACCAUGCUGCAAGACAUGAAUUUCUCUAAAACAAUUAAAUUUCCUGACUAUCAAGGGAUCUUGAAAUAUGUCAAGGACAAUUUAUUAAGUGAUUUCAAAAUGAAGGUUUCUCCUUGGAAUUUGGCUGCAGGUUGGGUGAAACCAAGAGAAAUUCAUAUGGAAAAUACUCCAGAAUUGGGAUAUGUUUUGAAAGCUAUGGAGACAAACCAAAUUAUACAUGCCGGUGUCAGUUAUAAAGGUACUCAGUUGAAAAUGAUGUUAAAAUUGAGUGGUGGUCAAGAAGUAAUUUUUAAGCCUCAAAAGUAUGCUAGAGAGUAUAUUGUUACUGGUUCACCAUAUGCUGGGGCAGAUCGUCAUAAUGGAGAAAUUGCUGCAUUUCAUUUAAACAGACUUUUGGGUUUGUGCCGAUGCCCUCUGACUGUCGGCAGAAUCGUCAAUUUAAAAACAGAAGUUUUGCCUGUGGCUUCAGAAAGUUUGUCUAAAACAUUUUUCACUAAAGAAAACAAUUCAUGUUUCUAUGGACAAUGUUACUACUGCUCGCCUGCUGAUCCAGCUUGUGCGGAAGGAGAUAUUAUGGAAGGAGCCAUGAUACUCAUGCUUCCAGAAAAAUACAGAUUAAAAAAAUUCCGCAGCCCUUGGCAGAGAACUUAUAAGGAUACAGUCACAGCUAGGUGGGAGCAGGAUUUUAAUUACUGUGAUCAAAUAAGAAAGAUAAGCAUUUAUAAAAAAGGAAAUAGGCUUUUAGAUUUAAUUGAUGCUGCAGUGUUUGAUUAUUUAAUUGGAAAUGCAGAUAGGCAUCAUUAUGAAGUAUUUGCUGAUUUCCCCGAUAGUGUAGUAAUAUUACUUGACAAUGGCAAAAGCUUUGGAAAUCCAUAUUGGGAUGAAUUGACAAUCCUAGCUCCAUUAUAUCAAUGUUGCAGGUUAAGAAAAACAACUUAUGAGCGUUUAUGGUCAUUUGUUGGACAUCUCGGAGAAUCUCUCAAAACUUUACUAAAUCUGGAUCAAUUAGCACCUGUUUUAUCCCAACCACAUUAUGAAUCUCUUGAUCGAAGACUCAGGACAAUACUUGCAACAAUAGAAGUGUGUCUGAAUGAAAAUGGCGAAGAAAAGGUUCUUGUGGAUACUUUAUGAUGAACUAACAUUACAUAUUAAUAUUGGUGUUCUUCAGGUUCUCUGAUAUUUAACUUCUCAAUAACAUACUUUUUUAUAAGACAUUUAUUAAUGAGUAAAAAAAUAAAAAAAGAAUACAGGAUGUUCUAAAAGAAGGCAUGUUCAUUUUGAAUAACUAAUGGAAUUGAACCAGUUUGAAUUGUUCCUCCAAUUUAUUUUUAGUACUUUAAUUUUAAAUUAUUGUGUAUAAUUUGAAUUAAUUUAGGUUAAUUUGAAGUCAAAAUUAAAAAUGAUUUAAAGUUAUGAUAAAUUUUUUAAAAAACUGAAUCAUUUUUGUUAAUUAAACACAUUUUAAUCUUGUGUUUUCAGUGAUCAUUAGUGAAUAAUUUUUUAUAAUGCCCCAAAUUUACAUGAGGAUUUUAUUGCUGCACAAGCUCUCUAAUAAUCCUUGAGGGAAAGAAACCUUCAUUAAAAAAAUCAUUCAAAAACUUUAAUCAUUUUUGUAUUAUUUAUUUUAAAGUUUUAUUAGAAAAGAGUUGAAAAUACUCUAUAGCAUUUAUUUUAUAAAAUUAUUUGCUUAUUCAAUGUAAUUAAUUAUUUUUUUAAUUGUUUAUUUGCUGUUAUUCUUUGU